AUGAAGACUCCCUCUUUAGGCAAUCAGCACCCAAUAAUCACCUCAAGAAGAAACUAUAUGAUAUUUAAUGUUCAAGAUUCAAGCAACUUACUUAAUAAGACGAGUGCCCUGAGCAAUAUAUCUCCUCCAUUCUAAUAUAUAUCACCGAAUUUGAACCCAUCUUCAAAAGGGAAAAAAAUAAUUAGAGAUUUCUCUGCAAAUUCAGGCACUAACGGAAACUCAGAAAAGCUCAAUCAUCCACGAAAUUCAGGAAGGAAAAUACUUCCUACUAACUUUAGCUAUGUGGAUAUGAAUGCUGCACUGCAUGAAGAUUAACUCUAACGAUAUUAAAACAAUCACUUAAGAUCUCCUACUCCUUAAGCAUUACGUCCAUUAUCAAGUUCGGGCUAGCAUAGAAUUAUAGAUGCCUAAUUUGAUGAGAUUAAUGUAACAACUAACAAUAUUUUGCGACCAUAAACAUCAAAAGUUACAAGCGGCGCUUUAGGUGUAAAUAAUAAAAAAUAUCAAACUACUCGACUAUUAGUUAAUUCUGGAACUCAUUAUAUCAAUGAAAAUUCACAUAAACCACCAAAACCAUAAAACUCUGCCAAAGGUUUAGCUAUGACGAAGCUAUAAAAUAUUAAACGGAUAGUUUCUGCCGCCAUGAAAGACCCAACUGACAAUAAACCUAUUAAUAGAUAAUUAAAUGAAACAAGGAUUGGCAAUAAAGAGAAUAUUAAUGUUAAUUAGAAAGACCCAUUGAUGAAAUAGGCUGAUAAGGUGUUUUAAGACUUUGUAAAGUAAAAUUUCUAACUCGGGGAGAAGGUUGUAAAGAAAUAAAAAACAAAUCAUUAAAAUAAUUAAUCAAAUCCAAAAACAACAUUAUAAGAUGAAAGAACUGUUGUUGCUCCAUCUGCUCCAAUAACUAAUUCUAAUGCUAAUAAACCACCUCUGACAGCUUUCAACUUGCUUUAAGAUAAAAAUGAUAAGGUUGUUUCAAGGGGAUAAAAGCUUGAAAAAGCAAUAAGACAAAAUAAGACAUAUGAAAACUAGUUCUAGGUUAUUUAAGCCCCUAUAUAUAGAACUUAAUCAUAAGCAAAUAUAAUACCUACUUAAAAGCAAGCUGAUUUAACCGCAGAUAAUAUUUCAAAGCCAAUAAGCGGAAGAAAUGCAGACGAGGGAGGAGUAUUACUUUAAAAAUUCUUAUAGAAAAGGCCAUCAAUUCAUGAUUAUGAGUUGGGAUAAAAAUUAGGUGAGGGUGCGUAUGCAAUCGUAAGACAAUGCAGACAUAAGGUGACAAAUAAUAAAAUUGCUAUGAAAAUUUAUGAUAAAUUAAGGCUAAACGACCCAGUAAAGAAAAGAUCUGUGAGCAGAGAAAUUAAUUUGCUUCAGAGAUUAGAUCAUCCUAACAUCGUAAAGUUCUAUGAGUCUAUUGACACCAAUAAGACUAUAAAUCUUGUAAUGGAGCAUGUGAAGGGCAAAAGUUUGUAUUCUUAUUUGAAGGAGAGAAAGUACCGAAGAAUUGAGGAAAAAGAAGCAAAGCAAAUAUUCAAGUAGAUUGUAGAGGGAGUCAACUAUUUGCAUAAAUAAAACAUUGCUCAUCGUGAUCUCAAACCUGAUAAUAUACUUAUCGAUGAUAAAGUAUCUGGUAGCUUUUUCUCUCAUGAUUAUCAGGUUAAGAUUAUUGAUUUUGGGUUUAGUAUAUCAAUGCAAGUAGAUAAAAAGCUGAAGACAUUCUGCGGGACUCCUUCAUUUAUGUCUCCUGAGAUAGUCAGUAAGCGAGAUUAUUGCGGGAAAUAGUCUGAUAUUUGGGCACUAGGUGUUAUCCUGUAUAGCAUGGUUUUCGGUCGAACCCCUUUCAGAGCUGAGAAUGAAAGAGAACUCUAUAGAAAAAUUGCUAAAGGGUCCUUUUACUUCCCAGAUGAGGUUUAUGCUAAGCAGGAGGAGUUCAAGGAAAUAAAGGUUUCAGCACAAUUGAAGGGUCUGUUCAAGAGGAUAUUUGUGGUUAAUGGGGAUAAAAGACCCUCCUGUGAUGAAAUCCUAAAGGAUGAAUGGUUCAAGCAGUGA